AUGUGUUCUCUUUCUUUCUUCCCUAAAUUUGCCCACUUUCUUUUCUUACGGAAAUUCUCUCUUUAUUUUUGUUUCUUCAAAGAAAGUAUUCUCUUUUUUCUUUCCGUAAAUUUCUUUCUUUCUUUCUUUUUCUUUCUUUCUUUCUUUCUUCAAAGAAAGAGAUUUAUUUUUUCUUUCUGUAAAUUUGUCUUCUUUCUUUCUUUCUUUUUUUCUUUCUUCAAAGAAAGAGAUUUAUUUUUUCUUUCUGUAAAUUUAAAGAGAUCUAUUUUUUCUUUCUGUAAAUUUGUCUUCUUUCUUUCUUUCCUUUUUUCUUUCUUCAAAGAAAGUGUUCUAUUUCUUUCUUCCUUAAAUUUUUCGUCUUUUUUUCAUUCUUUCUCUAUUUUUCUAUGGAAAUGUCCUCUUUUUCUUUCAGUGAAUAAGACUUUUUUUUUCCAAAUAAAAUUUUUCUCUUUUCUUUCCCUAAAUAAGUCUCUCUUCUUUCUUUCUUUCUUUUCCAAUGAUGUCUUUAAAUUUUUUCUUUUCUGUAUCGACACAUAUUAUUUUAUCUCUAUUUCUUUUAUGAAGUCAUUUUUCUCCAUUCCUUUUUCUUUCUUUUCCUUCCGUUAUGAAAAGCCUGGGGAAAUACUUUGA